GGGUGCAGGGAGGGAUGGGGCAGCUCCAUGAGCAUCCCACCAACGGUCCCCAUCCUUCCCCCCCCAACGCAGGACCUGGUGAAAAACCACCUGAUGUACGCUGUGCGGGAGGAGGUGGAAGUGCUGAAGGAGCAGAUUAAGGAACUGCUGGAGAAGAACUCGCAGCUGGAGCGUGAGAACAGCCUCCUGAAGACCCUGGCCAGCCCCGAGCAGCUGGAGAAGUUCCAGUCACGGCUCCCAUCCGAGGUGUUGCACCCCCAGGAGCAGAACCCGGGGGCUGCCCCCCCGGCCCAGCACUCGGGGGGCUCUGCGGUGUAAAGUGGCUCUGUCCUUGGGGUGGGCAGAGCCACGGAACUCUUUCUACUUCAUCUCCUGCAACGAUACCAAAAUAAGCCAAGUUUUUCUGCCUUGGCGCAGAGGACUGCCGGAGCCCGGUGCCGGGAUGCUCGUCCCUCCGGGAGAUGCCGGUGGCUGACCCCCACCUGUCUGCCCUCCCUGCAGUGUGUGGGGCAGAGCUCGCCGAGACCCCGUAGUGCUGUCCAUGGGGAUGCGGCUGGAAGGAGCGCGCCGAGCCCCAGCGUUGUGGGGGGUGGGGGGAGCAACCCAAACCUGGACUUGAGCAGCUGUCGUGGUUGCACGCACGUCGGCGUGGGGAUUACAAGGAAAGAAAGAGAGAACAACAACCAAAAAAAAAAACAAACCAAGCAAACCUUGUUUGACUGUAGUUGAGGUGUUUCUGUAGCUGUGUCUAUGCGGUGCCGGCGGGAUGCUGCAGGCUGGCUGUGCCCUCCUGGGCAGGAUUUGAGAGGAGACUGGAAUGGCAGUAGGGUGGAACUGGGGGAACUGGGUGGCCAGAGGCCCCAAAACUGCCCCGAAAUGGGGGAUGGCAGCGAUGGGUGCGGCGCUCCCCCCCAGGUGACGGGACGUCCCUGCAGACGUCGGACGGUUGGAGCGAUGAUGUGGUUGUGUACAUUUUUAGCUAGAAAUUGCAAUAAAGUCUACUUUUUUAUAGAA